UCCCGCCAGCGAAGAGACAACACACAGCGACAGAGCGCUCGGCAGCUCGACUUCAAAACAACCAAAAUAUUUUACUUUCAAUAUAUUUCUGAAUUGUGUUUUCGAAUACAUUGCGCGUGCAUCGAAAGCAAGAAAACAAAACUUGGCUCGCAUAUAAAUAUUAGAAAUAUAUUCGAAUUAGUUGACAACAGUUGCGCGAAACGUGGCGAAUGCGGAAGUGAUUGAAAAGCCGCCGGCAAAAGUCGCGUUAAGGAUGUGCAAAAAAAUAAAAGUAUUCUGAAACAAAAGUAAUUGUUGUUAACAAAUUGUGCAAACAAAAGCGAGUCGCUUUUCAGUCCAGUGUGUAUGUGUGAGUGCGAGUGUGUUUUGUACCUGUGCCUGAGUGCAUAAAUCAUUUGCAUAUCCUUGCGAAAUGAAUCAAGUGCAUAUUCAAUUAAUCAGCAAAAAUUAAAAAAAUUGAAAUAAAAAAUCAUUUUUAAAUGAGCUGCAACAAGUGCCAUGCAAAUAAUGCUGAAAUAAAUCAAUUUUUAAAUCAUUUUGUGCCUUGAACUUGUCCCUGACUUGUGUGACCUACAACCAACAACAAAAGAGAAGAAAAUUAAAUAUAUAAAUACAAAAUUUAAUUGAAUUAAUAAAUUUGUAGCAAAAAGCAUUUUUGCUCUCUUCGUUUUGUGAGUUUGCAUUGAUGCUAAAAAUUCAGCUUAAAUGCAUACGGAUAUUAUAAUUGGUGAUCAAUUUGCCACCAACAACAAUUUCUGGGUGAUGCAGUCCCCGGAACUGGAUUAUCAGCUGAUGGGACGUCUGCAUAAGAUUGAGCCGGCCGAUGUUGAACUGGAAGUGUUGGCAGCGGCAGCUGCUGCCUCCAACAACAACAACAACAAUAGUACGAAUAACAACAAUAACAACAACAGCAGCAGCAACGACAGCCAAACGGGGAACAACAACAACAACAAUUCGGCAGCCUCACAACAUCAUCACCAUCAUCAGUUCCAUCAUCAUCACCUGCAUUCGCAUCAUCAUUCGCAUUCGCAUGCGCAUCAUCAUCAACAUCAUCAUCAGCAUUUGCAUCACAGUCUCCAGAGCGGCGAGAGUGGAGCAGCUUUAGAUGCUUGGCAGCUAGCUGCCUCCAGUUAUGCCAGCGAUCAGCAACAACAACAGCAGCAACAACAACAACCCGCCAUCUCGCCCAAUUCCAAUUCAAAUUCCGCCUAUGGAUGCGCGCCUCUCUACGAUGGAGCGCCCUACGAUGUGGCACUUGGGUAUGCCGGGGCAGCGGGCAACGGCGCGGGGGGCAAUCCAACAGCUGCCAACAGCGCCGAGAAGGAGUAUCUAUAUGAAACCAAAAACAAAGAGGCUCUCUUCGGCGAUCCCCUCGACGAUCCAUAUCAACGGCCAGCGCUGUGGGAUGAUAUUGCCACCUCAAUACAGAAUAUUGAUCCAGAGAAUGCGCUGAUGCUGAGUGCCAGCAAUGCGGUGGCACACGGCAGCAACAGCAGCGACAAUCCAGCGGCAGCGGCGGCAACACAACAACAGCAGCAACAGUUGCUGCCACAGGUCAAAAUGGAAGCAAUAGAUGAAACUCUGCUCGAAACUUUCUCGACACCAAUGCUCAGUCCCAUGGAGAUAAAAACUGAAAAGCAGCAGCGACAACAGCAACAGCAACACCAGCAGCAGCAACAACAACACCAUCAGCAGCAGCAGCAACAGCAACAACAACAUUACCAUCAGCAGCAGCAGCAGCAGCAGCAACACUAUCAGCAACAUUAUCAACAACAGCAGCAACACUUGUACCAGCAUCAUCCGAGUCUCUCGUUGCCUGGCCUGCCACCCGCUGCUGAAGUUGUUGAGCUGCAGCUGCAUCAGCAACAGCAGCAGCAGCAGCAGCAACAUCAGCACAGUGGCAGCAACAGCCCAAAGCAACCGCAAGCGGGCAACGACAGCAGCAACUCCUAUCAGCAACAAUACGCAUCUCAGCUGAGCAGCGCAUCAGCCGCUGGCUAUCUGAACAGUAGCAGCAACAACAACAGCAGCAGCAGCAAUAGCAAUGUGUCUGGUGGCACCAGCAGCAACAGUAGCAACAACAACAGCAGCAACAGCAUCGUCACCAGCAGCAGCAGCAGCAACAGCUAUGGCUACAGCUGGCACAGCAGUCAGACAUUUCACACCAAAUACCAAAUACACCCGCCAUCAGCAGCUGUCACAGCGUCACCAAACACUGCCACGCCCACAGCUCAACAUCUACUACAACAGCAGCAACAACAACAACAGCAGCAACAACAGUUGCAGCUUUGUCCACCGGCUGCGCCCAGCACGCCCUCGGUUAGCUCUGCCUCCUCAUCGGCAGGCAGCGCCUCCUCGAACUCGUCGAGCUCCAACUCGACGCGCCACAUGUUCGUGCCCCCGCUGACGCCGCCCAGCUCAGAUCCCGGCAGUCCAGGCGCCUCCAUGGUGGCUGCUGCUGCUGCCGUUGCUCAGGCCCAGAGACGCAGCACGCCACCGCCGCCCUAUCAGCAGGGACACGGAUUGGUUGGCUUGUGUCCCAGUCUGGUCAAUCCGGCGCCUACGUUGCAGCUGCUAGGCGCGACCACGCCCACUACGCUCACCACUCUCACGCCCGCCCAUGCAGCAACUGCCGCCGCAGCAGCAGCAGCAGCUCAACAACAACAACAACAGCAGCAGCAACAGCAACAACAGACUGUGUCACAGCCACCACCACCUCCAAGCAGCGGAGGAGGAGGAGGAGGAAGCGGAGGAGGAGGACGACGUGGCAGGCACUCGCAUCAUCAGCCAGGGACGCCAGCUCACAUCGCCAGUCUGAUGAGCGUGCGCACUGUGCGCUAUAAUCGACGCAAUAAUCCUGAGCUGGAGAAGCGACGCAUCCAUCACUGUGAUUUUGUGGGUUGUUCCAAGGUGUAUACGAAGAGCUCACAUUUGAAGGCGCAUCAAAGGAUACACACUGGUGAAAAACCCUACACGUGCCAGUGGCCUGAAUGCGAAUGGCGCUUCGCUCGCUCCGAUGAACUGACGCGACAUUAUCGCAAACACACUGGCGCCAAGCCCUUCAAGUGCAUCGUCUGUGAGCGCAGCUUUGCGCGAAGCGAUCAUCUGGCACUCCACAUGAAGCGCCACAUGCCCAAGAAUAAGUGAGGAGAGGCAGCAGCAGAAGGAAAAUAAGUUGGAGGAGGAGUCGCUGCAGCAGCUUGCAGCUACAAAUCAACUAUAUCACAAUCCAAAGGACUUUAGUUAAGAUAAAUUUGAAAAAUAAAAAAAAAGAAUUGUUUAGUAAAUGGUUACUACUACAUAUUAAUAAUAAUAAUAAUAAUAUAAAUAAUCACAACCUGAAUACUAAUUAAUGUAAGAACUAAAGUAUAGAAGGCAUUCGAGUUCAGCUUUACGCCAAUUGUGCCUCAGCCUGAUCCCAGCUCUCUAGAUAUUGGCUCGAUCUAACGAAAAGAGAGCAAAGUAUCUCUUUCGCUCGCUCUUUCUUGCAAAACUCAAGCGUACUUUAAGUAAAUGAAAUUUCCACCUGCUUAACUACUACAUUUAAAUGCAAAUCUAAAUCUAAGCACCAAAAUCCUAACUAACGAUAACUCAUCACACACAAAAAAACAAACACACACACAUCGUAGUUUAUUAGGUCUAAGUGUUCAAAAUCUUUUCUCCUCUAUCUGCCACUCAAUUAAUGCGAUGGCCCCGUGUAUUAAAGUGCAUAUAUUACAUACUAUACUAGAUUAUAGAUCCUUGUAUCAUUUAUCUAAAUGUAGGACAACAUUAUCGCCAUUUGUGUCAUUUGUCGCCUAGUUUCUGUAUAGUUUUUCCCCUUAGCCAUAAAUUUAUGUUAGUCUGUAUGUAUGUGUAUUGUAUUGUAUGUUAAUCUAUAAUUUCAGAUAUAUGUAUGUUUAUCUGGUAGAAGUUGAUACCGAGUGCUCUACGUAGCUAGCGUAUUAAUGUAUGUAAUCUUAUGUGUCUCUAUAUCGUUUCUAAACACCAAAAAGUGCUGGCACAAAAUCAUCAAAUAAUAAAAUGUUUUUGAAAAACCAAAUUGGCUUUUUUAUUUCGUAUAACAAUUGGUCCACUCACUUGGCUAUAUAUGUAUGUAUAUAUCGAGGUACAUGAUCAUCAGGGAAAUGAAUAAGAAGAGCUGUCCCAUUGAACAGACUUGCGACCAUUUGUUCUCACAGACUCGAGUUAUAGAUUAAACCGUUGGCUCAUCGAAUGUGUAACUGAUUGGAAGGAGAACUGGCAAUAUGAAUUUGCCACCCUCAUAGGGAGUAUCUUUAGACCCAUCGAAAGUCACUACCCACCUAAACAGAUUGUCUUGAAUCAGCUGAACUUUGCAGAGUUCGCUAUGCAACGUCACAUUUUGAAGUUAUUAUUUAAAAACAUAAAUAUGGUAACUUACUUCACGACUCGUUGAUGACACAAUGAUUAGACUCUCUGUCAGUGUAUUUGCAUAACUUACGUGACAGUUUUCUCAGUAUUAUAAAUAAAAUUUUUAUCGAUUACAAAAA